GCGCAUAGAACCUAUGUGGAACUGGUCAUUGCUCAGAAAAGCACGUUGGCAUGAUCUUGUUGGAAAUUGCUUCUCUGUCUGACUGCGAGAGGGUGUACGUGGUGAAUAGCUUUCGAGGUGGGAUCGAUCUGUUGGCUUCGAUGUUGGUUUAUCAUGUGCUCGUGAUAAGCUCUUUUCUUGAUUUUUGAGUUGGUUGCGGCAAUUUUGUCAUCUUCAUGGAAACUGAUGGGCUUGUUUGAAUGGAUAAGACGAUUAUGUCCGCCUUGGUGACGGUAAAACUGCUGAUGCUCCUGAUGAUGACCGGUUUAUCUCUUGGAGAAAAGCAAUUCAUACAAGGGGGCAUCGCUCAAGACCUCCGCUCCGAUGGUCGUAAACGAUUAACUUACCGACCCAUAUAUGUCGAAACUGGCGUCAUUCCUCAGGCCAAUGGCUCAGCCAGAGUUAGAAUGGGCGGAACUGAUGACAUUGCCAGUGUGAAGGCCGAAAUUGGAAGACCAAGUCCACUACAACCCAACAAAGGGAAGGUUUCCAUGUAUGUUGAUUGCAGCCCAACUGCAGCUCCAAUGCUUGAGGGUAGAGGGGGUGAGGAGUUGUCAACGGAACUCUCAGUUGCUCUUCAGCGAUGUCUUUUGGGUGGGAAAAGUGGAGCAGGUGCUGGAAUUGAUUUGUCAUCUCUGAUAGUUGUGGAAGGAAAAGUCUGUUGGGAUCUGUAUAUCGAUGGUCUUGUCGUCAGUUCAGAUGGCAAUCUCUUAGAUGCUCUUGGUGCUUCCAUCAAGGCUGCUCUGAGGAACACAGGCAUCCCCAGAGUGCACGUCAUUGCCGAAGCAUCCAGUGAAGAUCAACCUGAACUUGACAUCAGUGACGAAGAAUUUUUACAAUUCGACACAUCUGGGGUUCCUGUCAUUGUUACAUUAACGAAGGUGGGCAGGCAUUACAUUGUAGAUGCGACUUCGGAGGAAGAAUCACAGAUGAGCUCUGCCGUUUCUGUUUCUAUCAACAGGAAAGGGUUAAUAUGUGGUCUUAGCAAGCGGGGAGGUGCAGGUCUGGAUCCAAGUGUUAUACUGGAUAUGAUAUCUGUGGCUAAGCAUGUAAGCGAAUAACUAAUCGAUCGGUUAGAUUCUGAGAUAUCCGCCGCUGAAGCCAUUGAAGAAGAAUGAUGCUCUUGUACAAGUCUUAAAGUUCUUUCUGGUAAUUUGGGCAAUGGCUAAUCCAUCUGUUAGAUUCCGAGAUAUCCGCGCUAUGCUGCACAUUCCUUCCUUUACUAAUUUAAUCCACAGUUACCUGUAGCACAAGUCAGUGUCAUGUGGCUGGGAAAUGUCUUCAAUUUGUUGUCCUCACUAGCUACUCGGAUUGAAAAAACGGUUAUGAUUCGAUAAAUAUUUUGGGGAGAAUGAGGUAGUGUACAAGUAAUAGGAUUCAAAGGUCCUGUUGGGGUGGUACUUUCUUCUCCCAUUGGUUGUCCGUCUAAGUUAUUUUUUGGCCAUCCAGUUCCACAGUAGAUGCUUCUUGGUGCA